CACAUUCUAUCCCAUCUUGUGCGGAUGCUGCAGUCUUUUGAUUAGGUAGACACAUUCACACACACACACACACAAACACACAAUGGACGGUGACAAGGAAGCCGUCCUCGCGGCACUCACGCAGUACUUCAAAUCCCUCUCAAACACCCCUCCGCCGCUGACUGCGGCGCGCGCAAUGGUCAUCGGCGAGGCCACCCGGGUGAUCCGCCCAGGCGGGGGCAUGGCGCCGUCCUUCUACACCAUGAGCCAGACGCUCGACAUCCUCGAGGACCGCAUCCGCGAGACGCCGGGCAUCGCCGAGAAGUUUGCCGACCCGGAGCCAGAAGUCUGGGUGCACGACAACCUGGCGUUCGUGUGGACCGGGUCGGAGCAGUCGGUCGGCGGCACUGGCGCCCGGCGGGGCGUGCACGUCUUCUCGCUGCUCCGGCACCACCCGGACCUGCAGGAGCAGGAGCAACAACAAGAAGCGGGGUGGAAGAUUGCCGGCGUGACGACGGUGGCGCGCCAGAUCACGGAACCGUUGCCGCCGAUCAUCAGGGACGCCGAAGCGGAAAUCGCAGUCGCGGCCGCGGAGCCUGUGCGAGGUCUGCUGGCCGCGUUCAGCCGGCAGGACUGGGAUGCGUUCGCCGCCGUGCUUCAUCCCGACAUGGGCGCCACGCUCUGGCGGGGGUCAUGGCCGCCGCUGAUUGUCAGCGUGGACUCGCUGAUAGAGAGGCUGAAGGCGGUCGUGGCGACGUUCCCGGCCAGUGCCGCCUUCUCGGAGGACAUACAUGAUGUGGAAGUGCGGGUCUGCGGAGAUUUGGCUGUCGUCUGGGCGCCGUUUGUGGUGGUUGUAGGCGGCUCCUGACGGAGCCGGGGCGUCAACGUCUUUCGGAACCUCAACUUGGAGGGCCAGUGGAAGAUUGUUGGAUUUGCGGAUACGAGCAGGCCAUCCCAAUAAAUGGUCUGUGUCCGGACGCCUCGGCUCAGUCGCUGCAAUGGAAAGAAAAGAAGAGAAAAAAAAAACGAGAUGAUAAGAUGCAUCGAGACCAGGCCUUGUCAGGAGGUUCCAAGCUGCCGAUGGAGGUGGAUCCUGGUUAGGGUAUAGCUAGGGAAGUACCAUAGUAUCUGAUCCUGCAUAUGUCUACCCACAGAGGUAGAACCUGAAACGCCGCCACGUCCCAAGCCGCGAUCAUGAAGAUGCAUCUUGUCUCCCCUGCUUGCCAGGCGAACAACUUAGACUCGAUAC